UUAGCUUGCAAAACCUUUGAAAAGUUGUGUAUCAGAAGUUUGCACCGAAUUGCACCGAAGAAACGUCGAUUUUCUGGAAAUUUAUCGCUUAGAAAACUGUCAAAAUGUUACGACAAUUGUCCCAACUCCGAUCUGCAAGAAAUCAGCCAUUGCUUGCUCGAGGAUGCCAGCUAUUUCGCGUUGUGGCUUCAAGAGAAAUCACGAGUGAUAUAGCACAGCAAGAGGACCCUAACUUUCACGAAAUGACCGAAUUUUUCAUUGAAAAUGCAAGAUAUUAUGUUGAAGAAAGGUUGGCCAAUAAAGCUGAAGGUCCAGGGAAGAGACCAAUCCCUCCUGAACAGAAAAGACAAGCUGUAAAAGGUAGCUUGACACGACAUACUUUUUGUGUUGUCUCAUAUUAUUUUGUGGUUAAUUUUUUGCAAGGUUUAGUUAGAGUUUAGAUUUUUAUCGCUAAUAAAUGCUGUUAUCACUGAAGUUGAAAACUAUAUCGAUGCAACUAUAAUUGUUUGUAUAUGUAGUAUCAAGAAUUUAGUGCUGAAGAUUAUGCCAAAGUAUUUCAAGAUUUUGUUUUCAUGCUUUUUAACUCGAUCAGGUUAUGUAAUUUUCACAAACGGGAAAAUACAAUCUUUGAAUUAAAUUUGCACAAUUAAAAGCAUAGCUAUCCGAAGCCUAUAUAUCAGAUGCUUUUAUAGCUGAUAUUCGGUGCUAGCCAAAACAAAACGAAACAACAGUAAAAACAAAAUGUCUAGUGGUAUCAAAUAACGCUAUUAAAUACACAUCUAUAUAUCCCAGUGUCUGGUUCAAAUAUUUGCACGUAGUUUUUCUUUUAAAACCUAAAACUACCCAUUAAUGGUUUUACCAAACGUUUUGUAAUAUUUUAAAGGAUGGAAAUAUUUUCGGUUAUAAAGAAUUUUAAUUGAAAAGUAUGUACAAGGAAACGCUACAGGUAGCAUAGCAAGCUGUUAGUUUCAAGCUAAUAUGUCAGUUCUAACUACUUCGAUUUCUCGGUAAAUAUACACAAUUUUGGCCCAAAAUGCUGAAUAUGAUAGGCAGUGUUUCACAGAUUAUGACUUCGCUUAUAAAAUUCGCUAGAAAUCAGGAUUAUUUUGUAGCAAUAAAGUAGGAAAUUUAAAAAAAAAUUUUGUUGUCAAAAUUGAAGGACGUGGCCCGCAUCCCUCCUGUGACACACCUCCAUUAAUGUCCAUAUUUGGUAUGAGAAUUGCGUAAUUUAUUCAGGCGUAACGCGCACUAAUUAUUAUUUUUAUGGGAGAAUUUUUCCCAUGAAAAUUAAUUGUUUUUCCGACAUUUAUAGAUUUUCAGAAUUAAUAGCUUUACCCAUUGUUUAAAUGCAUCCAAGCAAAUCCAGCCUGUUGACAAGCAGGCUAUUGCAUGCUAAGACUUAGUUUCAGACAGCUUUAAAACAUCAGUAUUGUUUUGUUGCUAUUGUCUUAUUGCUGCUCAAUUACAGCUGGAUCGAGAAAUAGGCAUUUUCAUCAAACACUACCAUGCGGCAGAGUUAGAAAAUAUUCUCAACACUUUUCUUUACGUAAAGUAGUGAAGGAAAAUAUUCAGAGAUGUAUUCAUCAGCAUCUGUUGUGAUGCUUACUGCAUCAGUGUGAUACUACAUCUCGGUAAUGCUUACUGCAACCCACCAAUAGACCCUUCCGGACAGUACUUAAUUAACCUUGGCUAUAGAGCCUCGUUUUCAGGUGUGAGAUAUCAGCCUUCGAGCCCUUUUUAUUGUCAUUGGUGACCUAAUAUAAAAACCCAAUAUCUCAAUGAGGUAUUUAAAAAGGCUCUAUAAUCUAGUCUGAGUUGCUGGUAGGGUGCAUUGUGCUAUGAUACUAGUCUAUAUAUUGAAUUGAUACCUUUUCUUGAUUGAAUUCUGUCCAUUUAGGCAUCUUAGACAUUGUCAAGCCAUGUAAUGCAGUUCUGGCUGUCCAUUUUCCUGUGAGAAAGGAUAAUGGAGCAAUUGAAGUGAUACAUGCGUACAGAGCACAACACAGUCAUCACAGAGUCCCUUGCAAAGGAGGUAAAAAUGUGCUGGUCUUGCUUAAGGCCAAGACACACCAGGGAUGGAUCCAGCAUUAUCUGGGGGGGGGGGGUGCUCUGCCAGCUCUGGUGCCGAGUUGUGUCGGUCAUGUGUGCCGCCCUCCCAUCAACUUGCUUCACUACUGCAAAGUCUUGCUUGACUACAGUAUUUGAAUUUUAAUUGUUGUUCACAGUUUGCUUAUCAUCAUGUUAUUGCUAAUAAUUUUUUGCUUUAUCAUGAAAAAUAGCACCACCCCCCUGCACCCACUCUGGCCAGGGCUAGGGGGGUGCACCCCCCCCCCAGUAAAUCCAUCCCUGCGAUUAUGAGUGUGAACUACAACUGCCACUGAGCACCAGCACCUGGCACUGAGCACCAGUGUCUGGCAUAUUAGACAGAAUAUAAUAAUAAAGUGCUUAGGGUGCAAUUGCCACUUAAAGGGUUAAAGCACAAGAUUUUCCCCUAGGUAAUAGACAAGUCUGGCAAGGCUAUUCUAACUAAUGAUCAUUAUUUGCACAGGAAUUCGAUACAGUGCCGAUGUGAACAGUGAUGAGGUGCAGGCGUUAGCAACGUUGAUGACAUUCAAAUGUGCUGUUGUUGAUGUUCCAUUUGGUGGAGCUAAAGGAGGCAUUGCUAUCAACCCACAUAAUUAUUCUGUAAGUUUAUACACAUGGUAAAAACUAUCUGUUGUAUAUAACUAUGAUGUAAAACUUGGUUGCCCACCACCAUCCCUACCAAUAUCAUCACCAUCCCUACCAAUAUCAAUAUAUCAUCACCAUCCCUACCAAUGUCGUCAUUGUCAUCACUAUCAUCCUUGUCUAGCUAUAUCAUCAUCACCGUUUCCUUCACUACUUUCACCAUCUUUGCAAUUAUUAUCACCAUAUCAUUAUUAUCACCAUCAUCACCUAACCAUCAUCAUCAUUACCACCAUCAUUGUUACCAUUACCACCAUGCAUGAUCAUGCCAUCAUCAUUAUAACCAUCAUCAUCAUCAUAUCAUUCCCAUCAUCACUACCACAGACCUGCCAAGUCUCACAAUUUAAUCGUGAGACUCACAAUUUUUUAUGCUUUCUCACGAUCUUACGAUUAAGUCCCCAAAUCUCACGAUUUUCGGAAUUUAUGAAAUCAUCGAAGAGCACAACAUCUAUAGUUAUACAAUAAGGCACACUCUUCCAAGGAAACAUCACACUUUAUUAGUGUAUUAAUAAUGCGCAAUGUACAACGCCAGAAUUUUGUAUGUGUGAUGUUUGUGUUACAAAGUAAAAGGCGUGUCCUGCUAAGUUUAUUGUCCUCUAGUCUUAAUAUUACUCGUAAUUUUCUUGUUUUUGUACAGUGGAAGCUACUAAAGCCAUAAGGAAAAAACAGCCUAUUUUUAAUAAGCCAGGCAUUUACGGUUAUAUUAACAAAAUAUAAAUGCAUACUAGCUAUCACAAAAUUGUAAAUCUAAUGAUUAUUUUCUAGUGUUGUUAAAGUUAACCCUGGUCACAUUAAUGAGCAAACCUGAGAAUUUCUCUCACGAUUUUUCAGUCAAUCUCAUGACUUUUUAGACGGCAACUCAAUUAAUUUCUGCUACUCAAGGGUUGGCAGGUCUGCUUCCAUCACCCCCAUCAUCAUUAUAACCAUCAUUACCAUCAUCAUCAACUUAUGAAUUAUAUCUAAAUCUUUUUUGUCAAGGAUGGUGAACUAGAGAGAAUAACUCGAAGGUUCACUGUUGAACUGGCGAAGAAAGGAUUCAUUGGUCCUGGUUUGGACGUGCCUGCCCCGGACAUGGGUACGGGGGAAAAAGAGAUGGCUUGGAUGGUGGAUACUUAUGACAUGACAUUAGGUAAGAAUAGUAUUUUGUUUUUACAUUGUGUGGCAAAGUUUUUGCCUUGUAUGAGAAGAGUACUCCCAGUUUGGCAAAUAUCCAGUUUCCUCCUGUACUGUAGCUCUGGACCAUUGGUCCAUUCACAUAUGAUUUCUUUUCAGGGCAUGGGAACAUCAAUGCGUAUGCAUGUGUAACAGGAAAGCCAAUUAGUCGUGGCGGUAUUCAUGGGCGUAUUUCUGCUACAGGAAGGGUAUGAAAUGCUUCGAUUAAUCUUAGUUUGCAUUCUGAACAGCUAUGCAUAUAAGCAUAUGGCUUAAGUUUGGUCACUUAAUUUUCUUUAUGUUUGCCAAUGCUAUGCUCUAAAUUCAUCUAAAUUUCAUUUUCCAGGGAGUUUAUCAUGGCAUUGACAACUUCCUUAAAUCAGGUGUGUUUUAGAUAUAUGCCAACAUGCAUGCUCGUUUGAGAUUAUAUGAUUUACCAUCACCAUAAGUUUACCAUCAUCAUCACCACCAUCAUCAUUACUAUCACCACCACCAUCAUCACCACCAUCAUCAUCAUUGAUCAUCAUCACCACCACCAUCUCACCAUCAUCACCACCAUCAUCACCACCAUCAUCAUCAUUGAUCAUCAUCACCACCACCAUCUCACCAUCAUCACCACCAUCAUCAUCAUUGAUCAUCAUUACCACCAUCAUCAUCAUUGAUCAUCAUUACCACCACUAUCAUCAUCAUCAUCACCACCACCAUCCCUGAUUAAUGUGUUGUUGUUUAGAAAAAUACUGCAAGUUGAUCGGCCUGAAACCUGGCUUAAAAGACAAAACGUUUGUCGUGCAGGGUUUCGGUAAUGUCGGUCUCCAUUCCUGCCGAUAUCUACACAGAUUUGGAGCGAAGUGUAUUGGUGUGAUUGAACGUGAUGGCAGCAUAUUUAAUCAAAAUGGCAUUGAUCCCAAGAACCUAGAGGAUUAUAAACUGGUAACACAACACUACUCACUAAAGGAGCGGUCAUAAAGUAACUGCUAGGGUGUGCCGGAGUGAAAAUAUGUUUUCCAGAAGAAAAAAACGGUGGCCCAUUCUGAGAACCUAGAAAAAAUUUCAAAGCCCAUCGUAGGUCAUUGGAAAAAUUUCACGACCCAUCCCGCUAUACAUGAAUAUGUACAGACCAUAGCAGUCACUUGGCAUGAUCAAAUUACUAGUUAUAGUAUGUAUUGAGUGCAAACACAUAUAGCCAUAUGUGUUUUAUGGCCCAUCCAUUUGCCCAAAAACAAAUUGAUGGCCCACCCAAACUGAUGAAAAUAAUUUCAUGGCCUAUCCUUAUUUCCUCCGGCCCACCCUAGCAAUUACUUUAUGACCGGUCCCUAAAGGCCAAUUUACACUAUACACAACUUUUGCCUAAAACUGUCGCAUGCAACCUGCUUACAACUUGAGUUGUACUGUGUAAAUCAAACACACAACACGCCUACGUUGUCGGAGAUGAAAAAUGUUUCCAAAUGAUAAUAAGUACAAAUAAUGCAAUACAAUAAUCUCUUUCAGCAACAUGGUACAAUUCUUGGUUUUCCAGGAGCAGAGGUAAGAUUAAGAAACAUACCUAAUGUCCCAGUGAAACUACAAACAGGAAUACAAAAAAAGACACACGUGAUUAAAAUGCUAUUCGAUUAACCAAUCAGAUGAAUUUGAACUAUGCGAUUAACCAAUCAGAUGAAUUUGAACUAUUCGAUUAACCAAUCAGAUGCGUACUAAGCCAGUGAAAGGUAGCGGAAGUCAAACUGAAUCUCUGGUGACAAAGACACGCGUGAUUAAAAUGCUUCUAUUUCUGUUGACUAGAUGACCACGACAGAUCUGCUCGAAGCUGAUUGCGAUAUCCUGAUCCCUGCUGCAGGAGAGAAACAAAUCACUUCCAAGAAUGCGCACAACAUCAAAGCAAAGGUGAGGCAUGUUGCUUGCAAAAUUUAUUGCCUGUUAACAUUCGGUUGAAUAUAUCUUUUAAAACGUGUUUAGGUUAUCGCUGAAGGUGCCAAUGGACCAACAACCCCUGCAGCUGAUAAAAUUUUAAUCGACAAAAAUGUUUUAGUUAUCCCAGUGAGUAUUUGUUUUCUGGAAAACACUAUCACCCAGCAUCACCAUCAUCAUCACCAUCAUCACCACUGGAGACCCAGGCUCUAUUUGCCCGCGUCCGCCUGUGAAUUCCUUAUACAUCACCAUCAUCAUCACCACCACCAUCAUUACAAUCACCAUCAUCAAAAUCACCAUCAUCACCACCACCAUUACCAUCAUUAUCACCACCAUCAUCACCAUCCAUUCAAACUUAAAGUAGCGUUCACACGUUCCAUAAAAGAUAUUUGUCAUUUUAUUAUUUUCCUCUCUUCAAUUCCUCCAGGAUUUGUACCUGAACGCUGGUGGUGUCACUGUUUCAUAUUUUGAAUGGUUGAAAAACUUAAACCAUGUUAGCUAUGGUAGACUAACGUGGAAAUAUGAAAAGGAGAGCAAUAAGUAUUUAUUAGGUACGUUAUCUGUUUUUAAAUUAGUCAGGGUUCAAAAUAACGGCCGGUCAACGGACAAUGACCGACCAAAAAUGCCUCUUGACCGGUCACUUUUUUACCUCACCGGUCAUUUUGACCGGCCACAUUUUCAUGCCUUCCAAUGUGAUUGCUGACGUCUUGAAUUAAAACAUGAAAUUAUGAUGUAUCGAAACAAGUUUCUCAUAGUUUGUUUCACUCUUAGUGUAAGCGUAUCAUUGACCGGUCACAAACAGAUUUUGUAGACCAAUUUCAUGGCAAACUUUGGAAGUCAACUUUGGAUUAUUAUAAUUUUUUGUAGGUCAAAACUGGAAUUUGUUGCUCCAAUUUUUAAUAAUAUUGUAGACCAGAAGAAAUUCUGGACUCUGGAUUGUGUUAGGAUAAGGAUUAAUAAAAUAAGGAUAAGGUCCUAUUAUUUAAUUAACUAUGGUCUUUUUCAAUGAAAAUUCUAGGUAGCGUGGCAGAAAGUUUAAAACACGCCUUCAACAAAGAGAUACCAAUUAUGCCUACGGACGCAUUUACUGAAAGAAUAGCGGUGGGUUUUUUCAAAAGUAGUCGAAAUUCAUAUUCCUGAUAGAAUGAUCGCAAAUGUAGAAAAGAAUAGUGAUUGGUAUUUUGAUUUUUGCAGGGUGCCUCAGAGAAGGAUAUAGUUCAUUCCGGUUUGGAAUUUACUAUGGAAAGAUCAGCAAGGGUAAGUGUCUUUCCUGGAUGUUUGCAUGGCUAUACAUUUACACUACACCAGAUAGAUUUCCGUAGCGGCGUGAAAAAGCACCUAUCCGAUACGGAAUGUACGACUUUCAAACGCUGAGCGAAACAACAUCUCUCCGUUGCAAUAAUUCCUCUGAAAAUAGCGUUCCUAAAAGGUGUUUUCUCAUGCACGUCGCUACGGAAACUAGACAGCCUUAUGUAGGACUCAUGGGUUCUAAGUUUCGAACCGAAUAGUUUCGUCCGCUAUUGGUUCAGUGUUAUUACAUGAGGAACCCUAAGUCGUGUUUACCGACUACCAGCCUUGGCCCAAAUUUUGACAGUGUAAACAGAUUUUGGGCAAGCCUUGGCCUGACCUAGGCCAGGAAAUCUCGACCCACUACAACCGGUGGCCUAGGCCUGGCCUAGGCUUGUGGAAAUGUAAACACUUUCGGCCCUGGCCUGGGCCUUAUUUUCAUGGCAACGUGUGUCCUCAGUGAGAGACUAGCAGACAACCAGCGGACAAUGUCACAACACAUAAGAAUACACAAAAUUAAUUACAAAAUUCUAGGCCAAAGUGAGCCAGUCUCAAAAAAAUAGUGUAAUGGUGUAAACGCGCCACAUUUACCUUGGCCAGGCCCAAGACUUGUAGUGUAAACACGACUCUAGAGUAGCGUCACAGAUGUGAGGCAUUCACCCCCCUGGACGUCCACUAUUUUGAAUAUUAUCAGGGGGUGAAUGCCUCUCAUAAGCGCACUGGCUAGGACCAUGGCGUCUGCAUUUUGAUGACGAAUUAUGGUGCCUACCCCUACUCUAACCCUAACCAAAAUAAUAAAAUAAAACCGAAAAGAUCAAAUGACGUAACAUCAGUUUGAUGGUUGGAAACUAGUGAAAACCGUUGUACUGCGAGUGCCAGUAGUACACUGGCUAUGGUGAAACCCUCCUAUAUCUGAUAAAUUUUACUUUCUACAGCGUAUAAUGUUAGUCGCGGACGAAUACAACUUAGGUCUGGAUGUUCGUACUGCAGCUUAUAUCGUCUCGCUUGAGAAAAUAUUUGGAACAUAUGUCGAUGCUGGGCUCACAUUUUAAAUUAACAAAACAACUAUUUAUAUUUCUGAAAGGUAUUUUAAAUUUCGAUAAAAACUCAGGAAGAAAGAUAAGAAGAGUUAGCCAGGAUUUCAGAGAGCGCAAAAUGUAUGAUGCAGCUUAGUGAAUAGAGUUAGCAGUGAAUAAACAGCAAGCAAGCAUAUUGACAUUUUUGAAAGACUUUGGUGGCCAGUCUUAUUAAAAGACAGACUUGCAUGUAUAGAGAUAACAAAGAACGAAUUAGCGACAUAUUGGCAGCUACGAAAGAUAUUGGAUACCGAUAAGAAAAGUUAUAAAAAAUUCAGUCAGAAGCUUCUCCUAGCAGUCAGAUUUGUAGAAAAUAUGGAAAAUUUAUCGACGGAGUUGAGAAAGCGCUAGCAAUUGGAAAUUACUUGACAGAAAGACGAUAGUACGGAAAGGAAUUAGACUUCAAUAAAAUUGAAAAGUCGUAUAUACAGUUCAGGAGAACGUUUCUUUUUGUAGCCAGACUUGCAGAGCAGAUCAGUUGCGGAAUAUUCGAAACAGACAGAUAGAAAAGAAUUACUUCCAAACUAUCACCACCACUAUCAUCAUUAUCGUUACCAUUCUCAUCAGUACCAUUAUUAUCAUCAUCAUCAUCAUCAUUACCAUCAUCAUUACCAUUAUUAUCGUCAUCAUCAUCACCACCACCACCAUCAUCGUUACCAUCAUUAUCAUCAUCAUCAUUACCAUCAUCACCACCACCAUCAUUCCCAUUAUUAUCAUCAUUAUCAUUGCCACCAUCAUUACCAUUAUUAUCAUCAUCAUCACCACCAUCAUCGUUACCAUCAUCACCAUCAUUACCAUCAUCACCACCACCAUCAUUCCAUUAUUUACCAUCAUUGUCAUUACCAUCAUCAUCAUUUCCACCAACAUUAUCAUCACCAACACCAUCAUCACCAUCAUCACCAUCAUCACCAUCAUCAUCACUAUACCACCACCAAACUAAUCCUACAAUAUCUUUCUCUAUUUCAGCGUAUCACUCAUGUGGCAGCCAGCUAUGACCUUGGUCUAGAUUUGCGCACAGCAGCCUAUAUUCACGGUAUAGAACGCCUAUACAAUACCUACGCUGCCGCGGGAUUGGUUACUUUCUGAAAUUAAUAUCUCGAAUAUAUAUGCGAUGUUACAAAAUGUAAUUUAAUGAUAAUUCUAGUUUUACUUCUUGAGAAAACUGCCUGAACAAGUUUAGUUUAUACUAUGUUAAUUUACUGAAUGUACAAUAAUUACGAGUAUUAAUGUAAUAUUUCAAUGUAUUUUAGUGUGAAGUAAAUAUUAUAAAAUAAUGAUGCUCUAUAUUGCGGAGACCAAAC